AUGUCAAGCAAUGCUAGAAAUCUGGGUGAAGUUGAAUUCAGCCUUAAUUGGAAGGGUAUAGAGAUGGAUGAGCAGAUGCAAAAUGAAAGGCAGAGGGAGGUUGAAAUAGCAAAUGAAGGUUCACUUGUAGAUGAUGAUGGCAAACCAAAACGAACAGGGACAACAUGGACAGCAAGCGCGCAUAUCAUAACGGCAGUGAUUGGUGCUGGUGUGCUGACUUUGCCAUGGGUGAUGGCUCAAUUAGGAUGGAUCCUUGGUGUUUCAUAUAUAAUAAUCAUAUCUGUUGUUACACUCUACACUUCAAAUCUUUUAGCAGAUUGUUACAGAACACCAGACCCUGUCACUGGCAAGAGGAAUCGUACUUACAUGGAGGCUGUGAAAAAUAUCUUAGGUGGUAAAAUGCAUGUGAUAUGUGGAAUUGUCCAAUAUGCUAACCUUGGUGGAGCAGCAAUUGGAUACACAAUAACUACAUCUAUAAGUGUGGUGUCAAUACGAAAAAUUAAUUGCUUCCACAAAUGGGGAACUGAAGAUCCAUGCCAAUUUUCUAAUAAUCCGUACAUGAUUGGUUUGGGAAUUAUUGAAGUCUUUUUGUCCCAAAUCCCUAGUUUUCACAAGUUAUCUUGGCUCUCAAUUAUAGCAGCAAUAACAUCUUUUGGUUAUUCAUUUAUUGGUAUUGGACUUUCUCUUGCUACCAUCAUCCAAGGGAAAGGCAAGAGUACCUCUCUAAUAGGAGAAAGUAAGGAGCAAUAUUCAGGAGACAAAUUGUGGAAUAUGCUAAUUGCAUUGGGAAAUGUUGCACUUGCUAGCAGUUAUUCUCAAAUAGCCAUAGAUAUUCAGGAUUCAUUAAAGUCACCACCACCGGAAAAUAAAGUGAUGAAAAAGGCAAACAAAGUAGGAAUAUUUUCAAUGGCAAUUAUCUUUCUCUUAUGUGCUUGCUCUGGCUAUGCUGCAUUCGGGGCAAACACUCCAGGAAGUAUCUUAAUGGGCUCUGGCUUUAAAGAGCCUUUUUGGCUUAUUGAUUUAGCCAAUGUCUUUCUUAUUGUGCAUUUGGUUGGAGCAUAUCAGGUAAUUGUCCAACCUAUAUUCUGUGUAGUUGAACUGUUGGCUGGUCAAAGGUGGUCAAAUUCAAAUUUCAUAAGUAAAGAGUACUCAAUUGGCAUUGGCCAAAUGAAAUCCAACUUUAAUUUAUUUAGGAUCAUUUGGAGGACCAUAUUUGUCACAAUAAUCACUGUUUUGGCAAUGGCAAUGCCCUUUUUCAAUGAAAUGCUUGCCCUUCUUGGAGCUAUGGGAUAUUGGCCAUUAACAAUAUAUUUUCCAAUUGCAAUGUAUAUUGCCAAACAAAAGAUUAAGAGGCAAACAAUCAAAUGGUUUGGACUUCAAUCCUUGAACUUUAUUUUUAUGGUAGUGUCAUUAGCUGUAGCAAGUGCAGCCAUUCAUGGCUUACAUGAAGCUUUUCAUAAAUACAAGCCUUUUAAGUAUAAAGUAUAG